AUGUCAAAAUUCCCAGAAGUCCAGGGUGGUGGCUCGCUGAUCCUGGCCUGGCAGAUCAGAGAUAAACAUGUGUUAGUAGUGGGCGGCGGAGAGGUUGCUGCAGGGCGCAUCCUGCAUGCUCUCAAUGCCGAUGCACGAGUGACAGUGGUCUGUCCAGCUGCCGGACUUAACGAGGAGGUGGCAUUCCGAGUGUCCGAGAAGCAAGUCUCGCACGUUGAUCGCAAUUUCCAACCCAGCGACCUUGAUGAUGCGGAUAUGGUGCUCUGUGCCAUUGACGACCCGGAAGCCUCAACUCAGGUCUGGAAGCUGUGCAAGGAAAGGCGCAUUGCAGCAAACAUUGCUGAUGUACCAUCGGAGUGCGAUUUCUACUUUGGCAGUGUUCAUCGCGACGGACCAUUGCAGGUGAUGGUCAGCACCAACGGGAACGGCCCCAAGCUGGCUAGUAUCGUGCGAAAGAAGAUCGCCGAGACUUUGCCGGGGAAUAUGGGGGCUGCAAUUGAGAAUGUGGGAAAGCUCCGGAAGAAACUCCGGGAAAUAGCCCCCAAUCCGGACCAAGGACCCAAGAGAAUGAAAUGGAUGUCCGGCGUGUGCGAACAAUGGAGCUUGGAACAGCUUGUGGAGAUGAGCGAGCGUGAUAUGGAUAGUGUGCUCACCUACUACGAGUCGGGCAAGAUCCCCACGUUCCAGGAAGUCCAAAAGUGA